AUUUCUAUCUUCAUGCUUCAAACAAACGGAAUUCUCUGGAAUAUUCUGCAGCGGCAACAAUCACUGGAAUUAAAAUACGAAUCAUAACUAUUACAUUACGAAAGCAAUAAAGUCGAUUCGUACGACGAUGUAUUCAACGAAUAUACGCACCAUUGUUCGUGCUUUUCGCGCUCACAGAGAAGUGCACAGCAAUGCCGAGUUAGUCGAAACAUGCACGGAGCUGGUGAACCGAAAUCCGCGAAAUUUGGAGCGGCUGAGGAUAGCGAGAAAACCCAACGGAUAUCAUCUCGAAAAGCCCGGACGCUCGUGCUGGCACAAGUUAUUUCUCGACAAGAAACCUCGUUACAUUACGGCUGAAGUUUGCCACUUUGAAAAUGGACCGGUCAUUACAGCUUCCAGUGCAGAAUGGGCAAUAAAGAAACAAUUAUUUAGAGACAUUGAUAGUUCUGCUUAUAUCAAUGUGGCCCGUGUAUUAGCUCGGCGUUGUCUGGAAUCUGGAAUCUGUGAAAUGGAAGUUGAUUCGGAGCUAACUGGAGAAAAGUGUGAAUUAUUCAUUAAAGAAAUGGAGAAGAAUGGAAUCAUUCUAACAGAACUACCAGUGUAUCAGUAUCCACAGUUCUGGACGAAAACUCGGCCAGAAAAGCCAUGGGAGAUUCAUGAGUGAUAUGUAUCUUCUUUCUUGUGUGGCAAUGUAAAUAAGAACACAAGUAAGUUGAAUAAAGUAUAUAUUACAUAAAUGAA